CUCUUGCUGCGGUCGCUGCGGAAGGGAAAUGUUUUUGGCUCCCCCCCCCCCCCAACCAUCAUGUUCUCUCCAGUUAUAAGUCCCAUUGUGCCAACCAUGUCCUUUCAUGCUUCUAUCCUUCCUCCCAUGAGCAUCUCUCACAGCGCUUCCUGUCCUUUCAAAGUCUGUCCUUGUCCACAAAACCGCUGUUAUCCUCACCUUCUUUAUUUCAUACUCCAGGAUUUCCUUUGUUUGCCAGUUCCCCACGGGCUGUGUCGACCAUGGCGCCUCGCUCCUGACCGACAACAGAUCUGAUAGUGACUCCACUAGCGACCUGGAACUUGAUA